CAGAAGGAACAGAAAACUAUAAAUAUUUGCUGCUAGGGAAUCAUUCCAGGUUUGACUCCAUCAUGAAGCUCCUACUGAUCUGUAUGUUCCUGGGAGCAGCAGCUGCCUUUGAUGACGAUAAGAUCAUAGGGGGCGCCACCUGCGCCAAGAACUCUGUCCCCUACAUCGUCUCCCUGAACUCCGGGUACCAUUUCUGUGGGGGGUCCCUAAUCACUAACCAGUGGGUCGUGUCUGCCGCUCACUGCUGGAAAUCGAGCGUCCAGGUCAGGCUUGGGGAACACAACAUUGCAGUAAGUGAAGGAACAGAACAAUUCAUCAACUCUGCCAAGGUCAUCAAACACCCCAACUACAACUCCAGGACCAUUGACAAUGACAUAAUGUUGAUCAAACUUGCCUCUCCUGCCUCCCUUAACUCCAAUGUGAAUGCUGUGGCUCUGCCUUCUAGUUGUGCCGCUGCCGGUACCAGCUGCCUGAUCUCUGGCUGGGGCAACACGUCCACCACUGGCUCCAAUUACCCUGACCUCCUGCAGUGCCUGAAAGCUCCCAUCCUGACAAACGCAGAGUGUACAGGCGCCUAUCCCGGGCAGAUCACCAACAACAUGUUUUGUGCAGGAUUCCUGGCUGGUGGCAAGGACUCAUGCCAGGGUGACUCUGGUGGCCCCGUGGUUUGUAAAGGAGAGCUUCAAGGUAUUGUAUCCUGGGGCUAUGGUUGUGCCCAGAAGAACUAUCCUGGUGUCUACACUAAAGUGUGCAACUACAACUCCUGGAUCCAGAGCACAAUUGCUGCUAACUAAAUAUUUCCAGCUUCUCCUUGCAUAUGUUUAAAAUGUCUUUCUUACUCUGACCCUUUCACAAGAUAAUAAACAAUUGACGCCAGUAUUCUUAUUUGCCCUCACUUGUUGAAAGCAUCUCAGAUAGUUUUUGUGGCCUGAACUAAGCAUGUAAUGUUCAGUAUACAGUUCAUCUCCUGGAAAUAAAGAACUUUCUAAGUAUAA